CACACGCCCCUAGAAGGUAGUAGGUACGUGGACAAACAGCUGUAACUUGACAGGUUUAGCCUGCUGCCAAAUUGUUUAUAAUUGUCAACGUUCAUAUAUUAUUCAUGUUAUGAACUGAGACCUGCCUCUAGCGCUCAGGGAAGAUAUUUUGUGGUAAAUCUAUUCCAAGUGGGAUUGAAGAGGCAACUUGAUGGGCUAUCCAGCAACUGGGACGACAUCUUACAAUUGAACCCAGGUUUGUUCGUGCAAUAUUGCGUGAAUAAGUAUUGCUGUGAUGGACACCAAUAUCAGGUAAGGGUGGAUUUUGUUUCUAAUGGAUACCUGGGGAGUGCGGUGAACGCCUUACCGUGUCUCUAAGGAGGUGAGUGCUCCGUGGAAACGUUUACGCUGUAUCGCUUUAUUUACGCAGGUCCUCGGAAUAAAGAUUAGUUUAGGAACAUGGUGCAUGGGGGGAAAAAAAUUGAAUUGAGUUGUUUGCAUCAAAUCGGUGAAGUUUGUGCUGGGCAGCCAGCAUAGCACGCCAACUCACUCACCCUACCCGCACAUCUUUGGAAUGUGGGGCGGUAACUCAGUCACGGGGGAUCUUACAGCUAACGCUGGAAAGCGUGUUUUUUUUUGCUCACCGUUGUGCUUCUUUGCUGCGCUAACCGCGGGCAAUGCAGUUGUCAUGGUGAAUGCAUUCCGUAUUAUUGAGCUUCUAAUGACUUCAUCAGACAAACUUCUGCAGCCAGGCAACUACACUUGUGCCACAGAAUUACGGGUCUUUGCUUUGAACAUUCACCUUUAUAGAUUGGUCCUUUGCAAGUUAGCUCAAUGGGUUACGAAACUCGCUGCUGUAGGUGUAGAUAACGCCGGUUUACACAUUGCGCCUCGGUGAACGAUAAUCCUUCCUGAGAUGCUUCUCCGAGGCUUGGCAAGUAGUUGGGUCAAGUAGGAGACACAGAUACUUGUUACUUAUGUUAAGUACCCAUGUACUAUUUAAAGCAGAGCACAGUCCCCCGCCCCCAGAAACACUGCAGUCCUGUCUACCUUCAAAAUAUGGGGACAUUGACUUAAAGAUUGGCUUUAUUUGUCACGUUCACGUCGAAACAUACACAAUCAGGGGAUGCACCGGGAGAAGCCGCAGUUAGCGCCACAUUUCCGGCACCGACAUCGCAUGCACAAAACUUCAUAACCCUAACUCCUAUGGCUUCGGAACCUGGGAGGAAAACCGGAGCGCCCGCGAAAAACCCCACACGGUCACAGGGAGAAGCUGGAAUCGAAGUCCGAUUGUUGGUACUGUAAAUCAUUCUGCUAACCGUUACAUAAUCCUGACGCACUCUACACCACUGUACCGCCACGGGCGCACUACUCCCCGUGAGAAUGAUUAAAAACCAAACUAAACCUUACUGAGGCCACACCACCCAAUAACGCCCACGUGACCAAUUAAUCCACUAAUCCGUACGUUUUGGGAAUGUGGGUGGAGACUGGAAAUUCCACCAUCACGGGGUGAAUGUAAAAACUCCUUACAGACAGCAAUGGAAUUAAACCCGGUUCAUUAUCAUGGGGUAUCUGAAAGACUCGGGUUUAUUGUAUAGAAUACAGGGAAUGCAGUUAUUUUCCCUUCUCCUGUUUAUCCAACGGUCCACAUUCCAGUCUAGCAGGUAAUGCACCUUAAAACUGGUUUGCCAGCCGCCAUAAAACAACACAAGAAGGAGAAGAACCCGGUUCGUUUGGCACCACGAUAGCGUUACGCUAACCGCCAUGCUUCUAUGACUCUCAGAAAGGAGUUCAAACGCAAUGAUUUCAUGUAUAUCUACUGCGCAUGUCAUUCGCUAAUAAUUAGCGAAUAAUGAGUGCAUCGCCCACUCUUGUAAACACAAGAGAAUCUGCAGAUACUGGAAACCCCGAGCAACACAUGCAAGUGCUGGAGGAACUUCAAGUCCACUCUUAGAGGAGCCUAUCUUUAAACCUGCACCGGUCUGCUUAGCAUUCCAUCGGUGCAUGCAAUGUUCUCGGAUGGGAUGCUUUAAUCUGUGGCAUCUCUGAGGACAGGGCAGGGCACAGCCGAUAAGCUUUUCCUUAGGAGAUCUGUUUGUUCGGCGUCUUAAAUUAACACGUAUGAAACGGGGUCUUCUCAAGACAGAGUAGAAGAAAGGAGCGAAACCGUAUCGUUCAAUAAUGUCGUGGUUGAUCUGACCGUGGUUCUUUCUGAACCUGGUGACAGAUCUUAUGGUGGGUGAGCAUUUUGAAGACAGUGACCACAACUCCCCGACCUUAACCAUGGUCUUGGACAGGGAUAGGAGCAGAUGGUAUAGGAAAGUACUUAAUUGCGAGAGGGCUAUUUACAAUGGUAUUUGGCAGGAAUUUGGCUGAGGGCAGCUGACACCAACAGAAUCAACAAACUCAUUCGUAAAGCCAGUGAUGUUCUGGGGAUGGAACUGGACUCUCAGACGGUGGUGUCUGAAAAGAGGAUGCUGUCUAAGUUGAAUGCCAUCUUGGACAAUGUCUCCCAUCCACUACAUAAUGCACUGGUUGGGCACAGGAGUACAUUCAGCCAGAGACUCAUUCCACCGAGAUGCAACACAGAGCAUCAUAGGAAGUCAUUCCUGCCUGUGGCCAUCAAACUUUACAACUCCUCCCUUGGAGGGUCAGACACCCGGAGCCAACAGGCUGGUCCUGGACUUAUUUCCAUCUGGCAUAAUUUACAUAUUAUUUAAUUAUUUGUGGGUUUAUAUUGCUAUGUUUAUACUCUAUCCUUGGUUGGUGCAACUAUAAUGAAACCCAAUUUCCCUCGGGAUCAAUAAAGUAUGUCUGUCUAUCUAUCUAUCUAUCUUAGCAACGUAAAUUGGGGGAAGGAUGUAUUGGGAAAUGUAGAGCAGAGGUGUGGGUACUGUUUAGGAAGCACUUGCAUGGGGCUCUGGAUAGGUUUGUCCCACUGAAAAGGAAGGUGAAGGGGAUGUGGUGUGUUACGUACCCCGUAACUGGGUUGCCAAACCAGCAGAAAUGGACAACUUAGUUGGAGUCUGGUUUAACAGAAACUAAUAAAGUUUUAUUAAAGAAAUAAGUAACACAGUACUCUAAUCGUAAGGAUAUAAAUGCAACAGAUUAGCAAUGAUAAAACACACAUGUAGACAGAACUAGGGUAAUAGGAAUCAACCAAGCUCUAUCGCAGUCUAGGGGUAAAAUGAUCAGUCUCAAGUGACGCAGAGUUCAGUUCAGCUGAGUACAGUUCACAGUAAUCGCUGUUGUGCCGUUAGAGAGAGAGAGAUAGAGAUAUUCAAAUCUGAUUCAGCAGACCUUUGAUGUUCUUCGCAGUUGGCUUUCGGGCGGACCCUUUUUUAUGUCUUCUGUGGUCACCAACUGUGACCCCUCUGCUCCGGAUACGACCGUUCUUCCGCGGUGAACCCGGCACCCAGGCAAGGGUGGACACACACACCAGGUUCCUGCCGAUCGUACCUUUUCACCCUGUGCAUCUAUGGUCGGUUCCCACGACCAGACCUCUAAAUUGGCACCAACUUGUGGGGGCACACUGCUCUUCCAGAGUCUCGUUAUCUCGUGAUCUCGUGGUGUGUGUCGUGCCUUAGCGAACCUGUUCUUUUUAUCCCCCUGCUGGAGUAUCGCCUGUCCAUCAAACUUCAAACAGUUCAGGUUCAAAGCAACUGGUCUGUCAAUAUUCUGAAAUGUGUUUCUUUCUCGUUAAUCUCUCUCUUCUCUCUUAUUAGCAUUUUGAAUGUUUCUCCAUUGUCUCUCUUAUCUCUCUCAUCAGCAUCGAUCUUCUGAUAACUUGGUUUGUCGUCACAUGUGUAACAUUGAGACAAGAGGAAGAAAGAAGCAAACGUUUCUGACUCAGUUGAGCACCCCAUGAGGAUGGAUCUGUACAGAAGCUGCUUCAGUGGGAGGUCACGGUCCCUGUUGGCGUCACUAUCGCUCCUGGCUGUGUGCUACCUUCUCCUGCUAUUCCCGGCCUACCAGAAGCGGCGGGAUGUCCGGAGGGAUUACAGCAUGUGGACCGGCAGCAUCGCGCAGCUCCACAACAAAAGCCAGAGGAUCGUCUCCAGCCGGUGUAAGUCAAACUUCAGCCGGUCCAAGCUCUCCAAGCUGUAUCCCGGGAAACCGCUCGGCAGCAUCCCAGUGUUUGUGGGCCGAGGCUCGAGCGCGCUGUUUGGCGGCCGAACUUACGGGCCUCCGUUCGGGUUCCGAGGCUGCGAGGAACAGCUUCAGGAAGCAGCUGAGCUGCUGCCACAAUCUUCCGGGGGGAUUCCGGAGGAACUGGUGCCGUCGGGCUGCAAGAGGUGCAUCGUGGUGGGCAAUGGAGGCAUCCUGGCCGGCAGCAGACUGGGCCCAUUCAUCGACCGGCACAGCAUCGUGAUCAGGCUGAAUAACGGGCCAGUGUCAGAUCAUUCCCGAGACGUGGGCACAAAGACUACUCUGCGCAUUAUGUAUCCAGAGGGUGCUAUCAAAUUGCCUCAGGAGUACGACCCAGACUCGUUGUUGGUUGUGGCACCCUUCAAAUGCACAGACCUUACUUGGUUAAAGGCGAUGGUCCGAAAGGAGCCACUGAGCCUUUGGCAGAAGUUGUGGUUUUGGCAAUCGGUGCCCGAGCUGAUCCCUUUGGAACCGCACAAUUAUCGGAUCCUAAAUCUGGAUAUCAUUAAGGAAACAGCGAUAAUCUACCUGGGCUUUCCAGAACCAACCUAUAUCUGGUGGAGAUGGAAUCAGGCGAUUCCAACACUGGGAAUGACAUCUGUCAUUACUGCUUUGCUUCUAUGUGAUGAGGUUAACCUCGCUGGAUUUGGCUACGAUAUGCACCAACCCAAUCUUCCCUUGCACUACUAUGAAGCCAUUGGGAUGGAUGCAAUGAAUUCCCAGGCUGUGCACAACGUGAACAGGGAGAAGCUCUUCUUGGCCUCUUUAGUGAAAGGAAAUGUUGUCAAUGAUCUCACAGGUGGGAUCAGCUGGUAGGAAGGCCUCU